AUGAUUACCUCGUUUGAAGAUGGAGAUAUGAAGGUGUUCCUGGACCUGUGGGCAGAACAUGUCCCAGCUCAGGUUCAAGACUGUGACCUUCUCGCCCAGAAGCUGGAGUUCUAUCUGCACGUGCACUUUGCAAUCUACCCUCUGAAAAAUUCCGUGGGGAAACUUGACAGGGAGGAUUUAGAUGAAAGGAUCACUCACUUUAAGCAUUACCUGGAGACCAGAGGAGCAGCACUGAGCCAGACCACAGAGUUCCUGCCGUUCUACGCCCUGCCCUUCGUACCCAACCCAACAGUGCACCCCUCCUUCAAGGAACUCUUCCAGAAGGAGAACGGGCAAGGCAAUAAAGAGGCAUUGAACAGUUUGCAGCAGCAGUUACUGGAGGCGGAGAGGAAAGCUGCGAUCUACAUGAAAAAGUACAAGAAGAUACAGGCCGACUACCACAAUCUCAUUAGGGUCACCGCAGAGCUGGUGGACUCGCUGGAGGCUACUGUGAACGGCAGAAUGGUUUCCUCAGAAUCCGACAGCCAGAUCACCCUGGAGGAGAGAGUUGCUAUUGUAAUGAAGUCCACAGAUGUGCCAUUGCUGCCCUCCUUGGCCUACAAGAAGCUGAAGAAAGACCUGAUUUACGGGACCGAUCGUCUAAAGGCCCUGCUGUUGCAGGCGCUUCGCUGGAGAAAUGUACUUCAGCUGCUAAAUUCCAAGAGCGAGAUUGUCCGACAGUACAUGGCACGGCUAAUCAACGCUUUUGCCUCACUCGCAGACGGGCGCAUGUAUCUAUCCCAGAGUCCCAUGUUAUUGACCGUGCUGGAGAACACGUUGAAGGCAGAGGAGAAGGAGUCACUCUCAAGGGAGAAUGUACUGGGUGCAAUGCAGAAGCUCAGCCUACGGCGCAGUCUGCCGUCUGUUAUGAUCAGGGGUGAGAUUAUACUGUGGCUGGUGAAUUUGCUGGAGGAUGCAGACUGCCUUUCCGAUUACACCUUGGAGUACUCUGUGGCUCUGCUGAUGAACCUGUGCCUCAGGACAGCAGGAAAGAAGAAGUGUGCAGAACAUGCUGCACACGUGCUGAAGGUUUUGUCUGAUCUUCUGGGGCAUUAUAACCAUGAGAUUCGCCCCUGUGUGAAUGGAGCUGUCUACCACAUUCUCGCUGUUCCUUCAGUCCGGGAGGAAGCAAGAGCCAUGGGAAUGGAAGAGCUCCUGAGGUGCUUCAGCAAGGAAGGGAACUCGGAGAUGAAUAGGCAGAUUGAGUUUAUCAUCAAGCAGCUCAAUUCAGAGGAAGUUUCAGGAGACGGAGUUGAGUCGGACGAUGAAGAUGAAGAUGAUGAAGAAGAUCAGGAUGUGAUGGAAGCAGAUUUGGACAAAGAGGAGGUUCUGCAGCCCCAGCCCAGGGAACUAUCUGGAGAGACAUUGCUAACCACAGAGUACCUGGGAAUAAUGACUAACAUGGUGAAGGCAAAGAGGAAGAUGGCACCAGCCCUGAGCCACAUCAUUGAUGAGCCACUGCAGCGGCCAGUCACACCCAGCUCCCACAGGACCACCUUUACACAGUGA